UGACAAGACGACUGUCGAGUCGACAUAAAAUUGUUUAGUUUUUUUUUGUUUUGUUCAAAUAUUUGUGUUUUUAGCAUUGUUAUCUUUAAGUCCCUUGAUUCCUUUCUAGAGCCCGAGCCGCCCGAGACCACAUAAUUAGUACUAAUAAUGAAUAAAAUUGGACCUUUGUCGGUGCUAGCAACAUGCCACUAACCGAAAUACUGUCAAUACUGUCAAUACUGUCAAUCUUUGACAUUCUUAUAACAUAACCUUAAACCUUAAAACUCUUAAAGUGGUUAGUGGUUUGAAGUAGAUAAAACUAUUUUAUCAUUGCGUUUUAAAUGAUAUAAUACAGUUUGAUACGAUUUAUAAUGGAUCGAAAUACAUUAUCAACGUUAACAAACGACGUUGAAUUAAUGGAAAACGAAUCGAGUUUUCCGGAAAAUCACCCGACGCCCGCCAGGCAAGCCAUUAAUGAAUUAAAAGUGUUCCUAAACUACCUCGACAGCACCGGCAGAAUAGCCGUUUCCAACGCCGACCAAAGCGAAAGGCAAGAGUUACUUGGCUUGUUAACAACUCUGACAAAGAUCACAAAAUCAAUUUCCCAAGCAACCUAUCGAAUGUACCAUAACGCUUCGGAAACCCACCAAGACGAGGAACAUUUCGAGGAAAUGUCCCAGCAGGCUUUGAACGAGACUCCCGAAACGGCCCCCUUAGAUGCCCUCGAGCACACCGAAAAUUGCGAUAAUUUCGAAAAUAACAGCGAAGAUACCGAAGAAGACUCGGAUGUCGAUGACGGCAGCCAAGAAGAGUCCCUCGAAGAGCCUCUUUUGGGAGACAACUCGUUCAAGUUUAACUUUCGAGUGGACUACGAUCCGCCGGUGCGAAAGCGGCUCUACCCGAAAGGUUUCCGAUCGAUGCAGAUUCCUGUUAAUAAUUGCCUGCUGAGGAUUUCUGAGACGGCGUGCGUUUGUCUGUUGUGUAUGAAGCAUCUAAUCGGCAAGAGGGAGGUGUUCGUGCAGCACGUAAAGGGGCCCAAACACGCGCAGGCGGCCCUCGAUGGUGUUCGAUUGAUGAAUUUGAACAACUUUCAUUUGGCCUUUUUGAAUUUGGACGCCAAUUUCCAGGCUCAUCAGGUUUACUUCCAGCCGGCUCAGCACAAUACCGAUUCGGUCCAUUGUAGAAUGUGUAGAACCGAUGUAAAAAUUCGCAAUGUUGCCGAACACAUAUUGGACGCGAGACACAAGAAUAUGUUUUUGAGAAAUUUCCGAAAUAAGCCGACUUCGUUUUUUCUGAUGGAUUUGCAAUUGCUCUGUUACGGAAUCGAAAACGGUUCUGGGACGAAUGAGGAGAAUUCUGCACCGGACUCAUCGGAAAGAAUACACGAUGUGAGACCAUCGUACGAUCUAACGAACCCGGACAGUUGGAAUUUCCUCUUACCCUUUAGGUAUCUAUCCCAAUCGGAUCAUUUUCGAAAGAACGAAACUUCGACGUCGGUCAAAUGCAAUUUGUGCGACAAAAUGAUUCUAUCGGAUAGAAAGAAUUUACUGCGCCACAUCGAAUCGAAGGCUCACAUGACGGCAUUGGGAAAAAUUAGACAGAAGAAUUACCAAUAUUUCUGUCAGAUAUGCAAGGUGGCGAUGAAAAAGAGCGGAUGGAUUCGACAUUUUGACGCUAUGAAAGAUCAUACGAAAGAAUUGAAAGAAGAAAAAUUAGGGGAGUAUCAAUGUAUGACUUGCAAUUUAAUAAUAUUCGGAGAAGAUUCGGCGGUAAAGAAUCAUCCUAAAAGCAUGAACUUGUUCAAAAAAGAGAGAAAACACGAGUUAUCCGAUUUCACUAGAACAACGUUCGCAUCUGCGGAACAAUUGAACAAAGUAGCUGAUUCGAUGGCGAUCGAGGCCGAUAUGGUGGCAAAUUGCACGUCCGUCACGGAAGCGUUUUGUAAACGCUUGGAAACCAUCAUGAAUGCCAAAUUGGGUGGAACGUCGCGUUGCAAAGCUUACCCGUUCGGUUCGCGAGUCUGCGGAUUGGGAAACGAGAGUAGCGAUUUGGACGUAUUCCUCGAUGUGGGCGGCAUGUACGAUGGCGAAAGGAAACAGGACUACGAAUCCCAAGGUCGCAUCGUCAAGUUGGUAUCGAAAACGCUCAGACAGCACCGGGACGAUUUCGAGCGUAUUUACGCGAUUCCCGACGCCCGAACGCCCAUCGUCUGUUUCAAUUGUCGCAGGAGCCGCCUCAAAUGCGAUUUAUCCUUCAGGCACGGUUUGAGCGUCGAAAAUACAGAAUUCGUUGGAUUGUGCUUGGAAUUGCAGCCGAUCACUCAAAAAUUGAUUUUGGUGUUGAAGAAAUGGUUCCAAACGAAUCAAUUGAAGAAAAAAAUUCCGACUUAUGCAAUUACAAUAAUGGCCAUAUUUUAUAUGCAAGUGAAUGGUUAUUUAUUUUCCGUUAAUAAAUUGAGACAACUAAAUCCUGCUCCGCCUAUACUCAUAGAUGGUUGGGAAGCCAUUACUUACACAAUGACUACGGAAGAAAUGAUAAAUCACAUUACUCCGUAUCCGGACACGUUAGAAAAACUCCUCAAGGAUUUCUUCGUUUAUUAUUUGAACUUCAACUACAAGGAAGACGUAAGUAUUAUUUUAUUACAUUGUGUGAAACAU